AUGCCGAGCGCGCGCGCGGGGGCGUGGCGGACCGCGCCCGCGGCGACGCCUCGGUGGAGGUCUCGGGGACGACCGCGCGGGCGCUCGACGCGGGCGUUCGGCGAGACGGGGCCGUGGGUUGGGUUUCAAUCGGACGAGGCGCGGAUCGAACGCCUGCAGAGAGAGCUCGAGGGCGAGCGCGCGCGCGCGGUCGAGCGGGAACGCGAGCGGUUGAAGGCGCAAGAGGCGCUGAUCGCGGCGGAGAGCGCGAGGGAGAUGUACGCGAGACGGUUGCGAGAGAGCGAGAAGGAUGUGUUUAAAUUGGAAAAGGCGCUGCUGGAGAAGACGCGAGGGGUGGAGACGGCGAUGGCGGUGGCGCGGCGACAGAUCGCGUGGCAGGAGGAGCGAUACGGUGAAUUGUUGAAGGAGUGCGAACGAUUGCGGGCGAAUGGGUCGAGCGAUUGA